AUUCAGAAUCUCCGGACUUUCGGAUCUGUGAUUUUAUUCAUUUUUUAAUUUUUGAAAUACAUAGGAAAUUUAAAUAUUUAUAAUAAACAUUUUUUUCUGGUAAAAUAACAAUUGAAGUAGUUUUUCGUCAACGUUAUGCGUUUUAUUUCAAUUGGCCUCUUGAAAUCGACUCAUUCAGAGGUACUACAGGUUUAUUACAGUACCCUUCGCAGUAGAGUUCGGUCACGGAUAGACAUGGCUUUAAAAAGUCGAGAAAAUCCAAUCGUUACCAAGUUAGAAACAUCUGAAUUUAAGAGCAUAUUCACUCAAGAGGUUAUAGAUUUAAAAAAGUUGUUUGACAAAUAUAACUAUGAAAUAAGGUUGGCUGGUGGGGCUGUGAGAGAUUUAUUAAUGGGCCAGAAGCCGACGGACCUUGAUUUUGCUACUACAGCCACCCCUAAACAAAUGAAAGAAAUGUUUAUCACUGAAAAUGUAAGAAUGAUAAAUAUGAAUGGUGAAAAACAUGGCACAAUUACACCUAGAAUCAAUGAUAAAGAAAAUUUUGAGGUUACAACUUUAAGAAUAGACAUGGUAACAGAUGGGCGGCAUGCAGAAGUGGAAUUUACUACUGACUGGAAAUUAGAUGCAAAUAGAAGGGAUCUCACUAUAAACUCUAUGUUUUUAGGUUUUGAUGGUUCUGUUUACGACUACUUUUUUGGAUAUGAAGAUUUACAAAAGAGAAGAGUGGCAUUCGUUGGAGAUCCCAAUGUCCGAGUUAAGGAAGAUUACCUAAGGAUUUUGCGAUAUUUUCGUUUUUAUGGAAGAAUAGCUGAAUCACCAGAUCAACAUGAAGAUAAAACAUUGCAAGUUCUUUCAGAUAAUGUAAAUGGUUUACAACACAUAUCUGGGGAAAGAAUUUGGGUUGAGCUAAAGAAAACAUUACAAGGGAAAUUUGCAGGAGAUUUGUUAAAGACAAUGAUUAAAGUCGGUGUUGCCCAAUAUGUAGGUUUGCCAGACAAUCCUAACUUAGAGCAACUUGACACGGUUCUUAAGAGAGGAGAACAUUUGAAUCUACACCCAAUGUGCUACAUAGCUGCCUUGUUAUGGGACAGGGAUGAUGUGACUGUACUUCAUUGCCGGCUUAAGUUGUCUACCUAUGAUAGGGAUUUAACAUAUUUUUUGGUAGAACACAGGGCAGAUAAAGUAUCUACAAGGCCUCUUUUGCCCUAUGAAAAAUUGGUGUUAAAUUCCAAAAUAAAGCAAAAAGAUACUUAUGACUAUAUACAGGAAGUGUUAAAAUACAGAGGAGAGGAAUCACUUCUGAAGGAAUUUAAUAACUGGGAGAUUCCUCGAUUUCCAAUGAAUGGUAAAAUACUUAAGGAAAAUAAUGUUCUACCUGGAAAAAAAUACAGUGCAAUUCUGAAUAAACUUAAAGAGAUUUGGAUAGAGAAUGACUAUAAGCAAUCAGUAGAUGAUUUAGUUAAAUUGAUUCCUGAUGUUAUAAAGGAGUAUGAUAAACAAAAUUUAAAGUAACAGAA